AUGUCAAAAGAAAAGAUCACCGUGGAAGCGCCCGUGGACCCAAAUAACGGUUGCCAAGUGGAGUUGAAGCAGGGGAAAAAGAGGAAGCGUGUGGAGGUGCCGAAAAAAGGCGAAGGGAAAUCGACCAAGCUUGAUGAGCCGACUGCCUUCAAGGUCGCUGACGGCGAUGUGAAAGCUGAGACGAAGUCAAGGGCAAAAUCAAAAGCGCGAGACCAGCAGAAGGCUCCGGGCCCAUUGUCCAAUCCCCAACAAAACCAGAAGUUGGCCACUACACGGCCACAUCAGAGCGCGCCACCGCACUUGACGCGCAAGCGGGACGAGCUUCUGCCAAAGAGAAAAGCCCUCCCGAUUUGGCCGAAAGCAGAUGAGAUCAAGGCCUCGCUGAAGAAGAACAACAUCUUAGUCUUGACGGGAGAGACUGGUUCCGGAAAGUCGACUCAAGUACCCCAGUUUCUGCUAGGCGAGAAAUGGUGCACGAAAUGCAUAGCAAUCACGCAACCCCGUCGCGUGGCCGCUAUUUCGCUAGCGAGGCGUGUGGCAGAUGAGAUGGGCAGCUAUAUGGGUAGUCAAAGCCCCAUGGCUAAAGUUGGCUAUAGCGUUCGAUUCGACAAUGCCACUGGACCGAACACCAAGAUCAAGUUUCUCACAGAGGGAAUGCUGCUGCAAGAGAUGCUGAGAGACCCCGUUAUGUCACAGUAUAGUGCGGUGGUGGUGGACGAAGUGCACGAACGAAGCGUCAACGUCGAUUUGAUUCUCGGCUUCCUAAAGAAUUUGGUCUCGGGCGUUGAGCAGACCGGAAAGAAGCGGGACCAGCCUCUCAAGGUUGUGAUCAUGAGUGCUACUGCUGAUGUGGAAGCCCUCGUGGACUUUUUCGACGGUUCCAAUGCAUCACAAAAGACUACACUGGAGACAGUCGAUGGUGUGCCCAUGAAGGAUGGAGCAGAUCAGGCAGCCACAAGCCGGGUGUCCAAGUGUUUCGUCGAAGGUCGGCAGUUUCCCGUUAACACAAUCCACCUACCAAGUCCUACCCAAGACUGGGUUGAGUCUGCGCUUAAGCUCAUCUUCCAAAUACACUAUAAGGAGCCGCUACCCGGAGAUAUUCUGGUGUUCCUGACAGGUCAAGACACGAUUGAGGGAUUGGAGAAACUUGUCAAUGACUAUGCGGAGGGCAUGGACAUCGAAGUGCCGAAGCUCCUCGUCUUGCCACUCUUCGCCGCCCUGCCGCAACAUGCACAGCAGCGCAUCUUCGAACCGACUCCUGUACGAACAAGAAAAGUCAUCCUCUCGACCAAUAUCGCCGAAACAUCCGUCACAGUUCCCGGCGUACGCUAUGUGAUAGACUGCGGCAAAUCGAAAACCAAGCAAUUUCGCAGUCGCCUCGGCCUAGAAUCUCUGCUAGUCAAACCCAUCUCCAAGUCCGCCGCCAUCCAACGCAAGGGCCGUGCCGGUCGUGAAGCGCCAGGGCAAUGCUACAGACUAUAUACCGAAUCUGGGUACAACGAAAUGGACGAGCGAACCACCCCCGAGAUCCUGCGCUGCGAUCUCAGCCAAGCGAUUCUGACAAUGAAAGCGCGCGGCGCAGACGACGUCCUCAACUUCCCCUUCCUCGACCGCCCGCCGCGCGACGCCCUCGAGAAAGCCCUGCUGCACCUCCUGCACCUCCAAGCCCUGACCGAGACCGGCUCCAUUAGCGAGAUCGGGCUCAAGAUCGCAAAGUUCCCGCUAACGCCGACCCUCGGCCGUGUCCUCGUCGAGGCUGCGCGCCCAGAGCGCGACUGCCUGCUUGACGUCAUCGACAUCAUCUCCGCCCUCUCCGUCGAAAACGUCUUCCUGAACCUCGUGACCGAGGAGCGCAAGGAAGAAGCCGAAGAAGCGCGGCGCGAGCUUUACCGUCGCGAGGGCGACCACCUGACGCUGCUUGUGACCGUGCAGCGGUAUGCGGAGGAGCAGUCAGAUCGCAAAGCGUGGUGCAUUCGGCACUUUGUGAGCCACCGCACCAUGCAGAAUGUCAUGAACGUGAGGAAGCAGUUGCGGCAGCAGUGUCAGCAGCUCAAGCUGCUGAAGCCGGGAGAGGAGCAGGAUCUGCAAGCUCCGUCGGAGGAGCGAACGAGGAAUAUAUUGGCGUGCAUGUUGAGGGGAUUUGUGGCGAAUACGGCGAGGAUGAUGCCGGAUGGGAGCUACAAAACGCUCAAUGGCAAUCAGCUGGUGGCGAUACACCCUGGAUCUGUUCUGUUCGGACGGAAGGUGGAGGCUAUUGUGUUCAAUGAGUUUGUUUUCACAGGCAAAGCGUGGGCAAGGGGUGUUAGUGCGGUGCAGUUGGACUGGGUCUCGGAGGUCAUUGACUCUAUUCUGUAG